AUGGACGCUGAAAAAAAAAGAAUGCUGUUUGAGAAGAUCGAAAAUUUGCAUAGUUAUUUAUGGAGUUCGACUAUUUUUGUCAAAUCGAGUCAAUCAGUUGUUGAUUUAUGGAAUGAACAUCUAAUGCUGCGGAAUAAAAUUGAGGAAAUUACCCUUUUGCAGAAUAGAGAGUCAUCUAACGUUAGUUAUGAUCGAGAAAAAUUUCUGCGACCUUUCAUAAAAUGGUCUAAAAGAAUGAAAAUUAAGCAGAAUGGUAUCGCAAUCAAAUAUGAUGACGAUAUAAAAGGCUUUAAACUAGAAACGAUCUUUUCAGUUCAGAAAGAUACGAAUGUUUUACAAGUCCCAAGGAAGGCGAUUUUAUCGUGGGAUGUUGCUAGAAAAUCGCCGAUGCUAAAGUUUUUUUUUAAGAUUGUUGAAUUAAGGAAAUGUUUCGAGAAUCAUAUUGUGGUUAGGUCGAUGGAAAAUGUUGCACUCGCGUUAAUGCUUUGUUGUGAAAAAUUGCGACCAGAUUCAAUGUGGCAUGCUUAUAUUAAUAUAUUGCCGAUAAUAUAUGACACACCUUUAUUCUAUGAACUGGACGAAAUGAAGAGUUUAUUUCCUUCACCUGCCUAUGAGGAUUCAUUAUUGUUUUAUCGCAAUAUUUCCCGUCAAUUCAUUUCGUUUCUUAUGGAAAUCGCUUCUACAGAUAAACAGUUUUCGGACGUUCGUUUUCAAAUUAAUUUUUUUUGGCGCUCAAAUUUUAAUAAAGAAGAAUCGGCAAUGUUUGCUGAAACACCACUUACUGUUAAUAAUUUCACAUUUGAAUUGUAUCGUUGGGCAGUUUCCUCCGUAUCUACUCGAAUAAAUUUGAUUCCAAGCAAGAUUGCUGUUGAUGAAAUUGGUAAUCCGUUGCUCGUGCCUUCUCUAAUACCUUUCUUGGAUAUGGCAAAUCACGAACACUUUAGUGGUAUUCCAGAUUUUAAUGUUGUCUAUUUUUCUGUUCAAGAAGAUUGUGCCAAGUUAAUGGCUAUAAAAGAUUAUUCUUGUAAUGAAACUUUCAAUAUUUAUUAUGGCAAUAGAGGCAAUUGCGAGUUUCUUAUACAUAACGGCUUUGUGCCAAGUGUUUCGGAAGAAAACAACUUUUACAGUUUGAAACUUGGAUUGCCGAAAAACUCGCAUAAAAAACAUGAAAUAUUGAAAAAAUUAGGCUUUCAAGCCAAAGGUUCUUCUUAUCAAUUCAAAUUACGUCAGAAUGAUAGUUUAGAUUCUUUGUUAUUGUUUGCUAAAGUUUUUGUAAUGGAUGAUAAUAUGGCUACUAAUAGUUUUGAUAUGUUAAAUUCUUUCGAGAAUAUUCAAAAAGCAUGGCAAUUUCUUCAUGAUCGGUUUAUGUUGCUUCAUUUGGCUUAUAAAACUUUCAAUAACGCUGGCUAUCGUAAUUUAAUGAUAAAUCGAUUAAAACAGUCAGAAAUCAUGAUUCUCAAAAAAGCCGAAGAAUUUUGUAGAAAUCAAUUAAAAAUUAAUGCAGUAAGUGGUAACAACAAUUAA